GUGAGUGCUAUUUACUCUAUUUCUGUAUGUAGCUCAGUAACAAUCAGAGAGAAACAGCUUAUGGGUCUGUUGAUCAACUGGCUACUGCUCCAUUGUUUUAUAAUUCAGAACAAUCAGGGUAGAGAAUAGAAAGAUCACUGAAGAUUUUUAAUCAAAAGGCUAAAUGCGUGCACUUUGGUCUUAAAAAGAAUUCCAGUGAGCUAACCUGCUUAAUAAGCAUUUUGCUGUGACUGCUGGCUCUUAAUUCACCAUGCCUUCUCCUACCCAUGCCAGUUUUUGGACUGAAGCGUCUCAACAGGUCCUGGCAGGGGGAUCUGCAGGUCUGGUAGAAAUUUGCCUGAUGCACCCUCUGGAUGUGGUGAAAACUCGGUUUCAGAUUCAGAGAAGCAAGUCAGAUCCAACAAGUUAUAGGAGCUUGGGUGAUUGCUUCAGGAAGAUUUAUCGUUCUGAAGGGUUGUUUGGAUUCUAUAAAGGAAUACUGCCUCCCAUCCUAGCCGAGACACCUAAACGUGCUGUAAAGUUCUUUACAUUUGAGCAGUACAAGAAGCUUUUGGUUCCACUGUCUCUGCCACCUGCAUGGGUGUUUGCAAUUGCUGGCUUAGGAUCAGGACUUACUGAAGCCAUUGUGGUCAAUCCAUUUGAGGUAGUCAAAGUUGGACUGCAAGCUAACCGUAAUGCUUACGCCCAGCAACCAUCCACCUUUGCUCAAGCCCGACACAUAAUAAAAACAGAAGGGCUUGGCCUUCGGGGAAUUAAUAAAGGACUGAGUGCCACACUAGGGCGCCAUGGUGUGUUUAAUAUGGUCUACUUUGGAUUCUAUUUCAAUGUGAAGAAUGCAGUGCCAUCAAAUAAGGAUGCAACCCUGGAGUUCCUCAGAAAGUUUAUGAUUGGCUUGGCCUCAGGGACCCUGGCCUCCAUUAUUAACAUCCCAUUUGAUGUGGCAAAAAGUCGGAUUCAAGGGCCACAACCGGAACCUGGUAUUAUUAAAUAUCGCAGCUGCUGGAAGACUAUUAUGACAGUGUAUAAGGAAGAAGGGUUCCUAGCUCUUUAUAAGGGUCUUCUUCCCAAGAUAAUGCGACUUGGGCCUGGAGGAGCAGUAAUGUUGUUGGUGUAUGAAUAUUCCUAUGCUUGGCUUCAGAAACACUGGUGACCAAAGAUGACGCAACUGGAUUCUACAUGUAGAAAGCUAUAUCCAGGGGCACAAGCAACAAAUGUGAAUUUGGUAUAAAGUACAUUUUUUUACACAAAGAAUAUUUUAAUCAUGUGAAUUAUUCCCAUGCACGCUGCACAUUUAGUUAAACAAAAAGAAAAAUCGUGAUGGCUGAGUUCUUGUCCUGCUGGAUUCAGCGGAAUGUCUCCUCUGGAGUUCCAGACAAUAUUCAUCCACUCUAGAUGUGGUGACAGCAAGAUCCUGCGACUCCUCCACAACGAAGUAUGUGGCCAUAAGGCCGAACAGUAUUAGAAAGUAUUACUCUUCAGCAUCCAUCUAUGUAUAUAUUUCUGGUGCACAUUGUGUGCCCUUUUGACCAGUGCGGUACCAGAGCAGUCAGAGGCUGGAUAUCUAGAUUUUUUUUCAACCCCCCCAAUUUACAUGAUGUAGAAAUAUUUUCUUAAUAAAAAUACCAGUUGUUGCUAAAUUUUAAUUUA